AUGUUCAAAACUGCAGUUUCUCGGCCAUGGAUAUGCUCGACAUGUAUCCGCCGCCAAUUGCCAGCACGCCGCCUUCGCUCGACUAGCUCGAUAGCUCCAUCUCUCCAUUAUGAUAACGAACGAAACCCAACCAGCUCCUUCAAGGACGUCUCCAGUCUAAUAGGAGCUGCCAAUCCUGACGCCCAGCAUGACGACCGAACGCUCCGCCAGAUGUUCGACUCACCCGGCUUCUGGAAGGACUUUUCCCAAUCCUCGAGAACUCAUAAUGGUCGGAAUAGCGGGCUCGUUCAGAACAGAUAUCUGACCAGCGCUGAUGGAUUCCAAAGAUUUGCACACACAAGUCUGAGGAAGGCACAACGGAUAGUUGAGAAGGUGCUGGCCGCCAAAACACGAGAAGAGUACCACCAGGUUGUGCGCCAGUUGGACAGACUGAGCGACUUGCUAUGCCGUGUGAUAGACCUCUCGGACUUUGUUCGAGCUACGCAUCCAAACCCGGAAAUCCAAAUGGCUGCUGCGAGGGCUUAUAACACCAUGUACGAGUACAUGAAUGUUCUCAAUACUACAACAGGGCUGGCUGAGCAGUUAACAAUCGCUAUGAAAGAUAAAGAUGCUCCCUGGGGCGAGCAGGAACGAAUGGUGGCUCGGAUUUUAGAACGAGAUUUCGCCAAGUCUGGAAUAGAUCUUUCCAAAAACCGGCGGGACCGCUUCGUGUCUCUGUCCCAGGAAAUCUCCGAUGUUGGGCUGAGUUACACAGACUCGAUGGCACCAGAGAAGCAUUUUUUGCCUUUCCGAAGCUCCCAGCUAGAAGGAGUUGACCCCCUCUUUAUCAGCAACUUCAAGAGGUUGGGAAUGAUCAUUUUGCCAACGGUUGGGGAACCUGCUAUCACUGCUCUGCGUACUGUCAAGGACCCUGAGGUGAGAAAAGAGAUCUUCAUGGCUAGCCGCACAGCAUCCCGUUCAACUGUGAACAAGCUCGAGACUUUGUUGCAGAAGAGGGCAGAAUUGGCAAAGCUUGUCGGAUAUGAUAGCUACGGUCAUUUAGCUCUUGAAGAUAAGAUGGCGGGACAGCCACAAAGUGUGCUUAAAUUCCUAAACCAAUUAUCCUCUCAAAACAUUGAUGCUUUAUCACUACAAUUUGAGCAGGUCCAAGCUAUGAAGGAGCGUAAAACUCAUAUAGAUGGAGCAGUUAUUGAGCCCUGGGAUAAGGAUUAUUAUACUGCCAAAAUACUCGAGUCAAUGCGCUCGAAGAACCGGACACCUGAUUUUCUGUCGUCCUAUUUCUCUCUUGGCACAGUCAUGCAAGGGCUAUCAAGAUUAUUUUCACGUCUCUAUGGGAUCAGACUUGUGCCGAAGGAGACUCAACCAGGAGAGGCAUGGAAUCCUGAUGUCCGCCGGCUUGACGUAGUAUCAGACCAGGAUGGCCACGUUGCUGUCUUGUACUGUGACCUAUUUGCUCGCCCAGGAAAGUCACCAAAUCCAGCACAUUUCACUCUCCGUUGCUCACGAUGGAUUGGCGAUGAAGAGAUCAAGGAAGCACAUUCCGCGGCCGAUCCUAUUUUCGCUUCUGCCGAAGAGGCUGCUAACGAUGGGAUGGCUAUUUCCAAAGAGGGCCAUCCGGGAGGUGUAAUGCAACUUCCCACCAUUGCUUUGAUUUGCGAUUUUGCACAGACGCCUGGCUCUAGGCGACCAGUCCUCCUCAGCCUUUCAGAAGUUAUAACUUUAUUCCAUGAGAUGGGUCAUGCUAUCCAUUCCAUCCUCGGCCGAACAGAUUUCCAAAACCUGUCAGGAACAAGAGUCGUCAGCGAUUUUGCUGAAUUCCCGUCAGUGCUGAUGGAGCAUUUUGCUGUGGAUCAGAACGUCCUGUCCCUUUUCGCUCGGCAUUACGAAACCGACGAACCCCUUCCGUAUGAGAUGGUCGCUGAGCAGUUGGCAUUUAACAAGAAAUUCGAGGCGUUCGACAUUGAUAACCAAAUCAACCUCUCGCUACUCGAUCAGGAACUCCACUCCUCUAAGGCUCUGGAUCCCUCUUUCGACAGUACCAGGAUAUUUCACGAACUACAAGCAAAAUACUCCAAGCUACCCGUCGAUCCACCAGGUACUAGGUGGCAAGGCUUUUUCGGACAUUUAUUUACAUAUGGUGGCACCUAUUAUAGCUAUCUCUUCGACCGAGCUAUUGCCCGACGUGUCUGGCAAAAGGUUUUCGAUUCCGGAAAUAACAACGGUUCGAUCAGUAGAAGCUCGGGAGAAAGGCUGAAAACUGAUGUUUUGAGAUGGGGUGGUGGAAGAGAUGCAUGGCAUUGCUUAGCUGCAACUUUAGAGGAUGAGAGACUUAUCGAUCCUACUCCCGGUAGAGCAAUGGAUCUUGUUGGUACCUGGGGCAUCGAGGGCAAGGAACAUACGGAGAAACCGGAGAAGCGCUAA